CACGAAGAAGAUGAAGUUUUGUUUCCGGUUCUUAAAUAUGACGCGUUUUGGUGUUUCGUGGACAAGGUUUAGGUAGUUCAGUAUUAAUUUAUUCCUAUUUAAAAAAAUUCAAAUGAAGCCAGAAGUCAUAAAAACGAAAACAAAGCGGUCCAAAGCAUCUGCGCUCCAGUUAUCCAGAUUGUGAGGUUUUACACUGAAGAGGCCGUAUGGUGACACCUGGUGCCAGCUGCUAACAUCAUUUGGGUCUGCAUGUGCAACGUCAGUCAGCAAUGGCCAGCAACUUCCGCAGCUACAUUUGGGACCCACUUCUCAUCGUCUGUCAGAUUGUGUUGAUGCAGUGCAUCUACUACAGCUUCUUGGGCCUGUGGAUGGCUGGGGUGGACAGUCUUGUGCAAAGUAGCAAAUCACUGGAUCAGAUUUUCAGCUAUGAAGUCCUUGGGUUUGCAACCAUGCAGGGGAGACUCUCAGUGAUGGCAUUCAUCUUGAACUCCCUUACCUGUGCCGUCGGUCUGUGGUUCUUCAUCCGCCGAGGGAAACAGUGCCUGGACUUUACGGUCACAGUUCACUUUUUCCACAUGAUCGGCUGCUGGAUCUAUAAUUCCCAUCUUCCCUCUGCCCUGUCCUGGUGGCUCGUCAACGUAGCCUGCAUGGCGCUGAUGGCCGUAAUCGGAGAGUACCUGUGUAUGCGGACUGAGCUCAGGGCAAUUCCUGUCAACAGUGGACCCAAAUCCAACCUGUGAUCCUUAGUUUUUGGGUACCACGCUGAUUUUUAAUCUCCAAGGAACUUGAUGGUGACAUUUUUUUUUUUGUCAUCGUUGAUUUAACAAAGAAAGGAACAAAAAUCUAAACACAAUUUGGAUUAUUCUGCAUCAUAUCAUCAAGUGACUUGAUAUUUAUUCACAGCUGCUCAUUAAAUGUCGAACAGUAUUAUCUGUAAGGUGUAAAACUGUUUGCUUUAUUGUUUUUAAAGUAAACAUCAGCUUAAAGUUUCAUUCAAACAGAGUUCAUACAUUCCUACCUGUUAAGCUCCAUGUCUGAGCUAUCAGGUUCUCUAUACUCUAAACAUGCACAUUAUUGUGUGUUUGUGUGUAGGUGUGUUUAUUGUAAUCUUCUCACACUAUUCAAUCAUCUUCACCAGAUACAAUCAUGUUUCCUGCGUCAUAAACAGCAUGAUGUUAGUCAGGAUAACGUUUGUGUGUUCAUUCUUGUAACAGACUUGGUGUGAAUUUUGUUUCCUUUAGUUGAACUUGUUCAGCCUUCUGCUCAGCUAGCUUUAUUUAGUUGUGUGUUUUAUUUUUGGGUAAUGCAGACACCUUGUCAGCCAUGCAGAACUCACUUAUUGGUCAAACUGUGUCUCUUCUCAUGCUUUUACAUCCAUUGAAAUGAACUGAUUUCAUUCAAGUGUCAGAACACCCAAAUAGCAGAUGUUCUCCAUUCUUGGCAUUGAGGAGGAAUAUUGGUGAUGCAUGGUUGCUCUGCAGGGGAAAAUCAGCAGCAGGGUUUUCGUUAGCAGUGCAUUUCUCACUCCUGAUUAGGGAAAUAUGAAAUAACAAGUGCAGGUAUUUUGUAACUUCACAUUUUUAAGGGUAAAAUGAACAUUAUGUGUCUGGAAACAUUUGAGAAGUAUUUUAACUGUAGGAAAGUGGCUCUUUCAGUCUGGUGAAACAAAUGGAAACUUGUUAUUUAACUCCUAGCUAUAGUGUCUGCUACUUCCAACCGGAAGUAGCAUGUUCCCUGAACAUGCUACAUAUGACAAAAUGCAUUUUACAUCUGUAUUUAAUACAUUUAAUAUGUGUAAAUAUUAAGUAAGGGAUAAAGUUUACCAGUACUACAAAUGCUGAUACUGUUUAGAGUUUUGAUUGAGCCGAAUCCUGAUGUAGAGAGCCUGCCUGAUGAUCUCUAGAUGCUCAGUAAUGGUGGAUGUGUCGUGCGUAUCUGGUGAUGCAGUGAUACAGUGGUCCUCCAGGAUGGAAGCAGUAAGACAGACCGUCUCACCUCACCCUCUGAUGGUCCUCCAUUACAUUCUUGCUCAUGAGAUUUUCUUUAGAAGGGUAACCAAGACAAAUAAGGAGAAAUGUUUUUGCAUUUAAUGAGUUUUGUUAUUGCGUGCUGCAAGUUCUUUUUUAAUCAUGGAAAAAUGUAAUGAGUGUUUUAUUUUUGCUGCUGCUAACACUAAAUCCUAAACUUUCUGCUUUAAUUCAAUCACUGCAUUAAAUUAGACUUUUUUCCAGA